GAGGAGCUUGAAGCUGGAGAAGAAAUUGCAACCUGUCCCAGUUGUUCACUUAUUAUCAAAGUCAUUUACGAUAAGGACUUAUUUGUAGAAAACUGUGAAGAGGACGAAGAGUCCAAGUCAAUUUCAAAGAAAGAUAAGGUUGUUCAGGAGUGAUGGGUGGCCGAGGGAGAGGCCGUGGCUCAAGCCACUCUUUCAGCAGGGAGAUAAAUGAGCGCAUGGGCAUUACAACUGGCAAUGCACCAGGCCAGAGCAAUGAAACGCAAGUGGAAGCUGUGAAUGAGCCACCACCGUUGUAUCCUCCACUAGAAAACCGACCAGUUCCUCUAGACACUGGUGUCGAAGGUGAAUACCUUCUGGCUCUAAAGAGGGACUUUGUGGAAUACUUCCAUGAUUCACCGUCAUACCUGCAGCACACUAUAGUCAAGUCUGACAUUCAAAGGUUUUCAGACCGCUAUCAAACUGCUGCUUUAGCGUCUCGCUCAAUAGCACAGUUAGUUCAUGACUGGAGUUACCUUCCGAGAGAACUUCAUGAGAAUGGAAGUAAACCUCUGAAAAGAAAAAGGCCUUCAAAAGCUGCCAAAACUAAGGCAAAAGUACUUAAGAAAGCAGAGGACAUUACUAACAGGCUGGAGGAGCUGGAAAAACGAGAGGAAGAGGGAAGUGAUGCUGAUGGUGCUGAUGCUGAAGGAGCUAAAGUGGACAUUAAAGAGGAAAACAAGAAUGCAGAGUCUGAGGCUGAUGAAGAGGUUGAGGAUGAGGACAUUGAUGAAGAGAUGGAUGAUGAAAAUGAUGACUAUGUUAAUAACUACUUCGAUAAUGGGGAAGACUACCUGGAGGAUGAAGAUGACAACUUAGAUGAAGGUGGAGUGUAUUAAAAUCUAUAAAUUUAUCUAAACAAAAUUACA